AUGUCUCCAAAAGUGGCAAAAUAUGCGCAGCUGUCCGGACCUUCUAUUGACAUCAAUGAUCCUGGAGCGCUACUUGCACACCACGGACCUAUCAUCAUGAACAGCCGCAGACGCAAUCUCAGAAACAACACCUAUGUCCACCUUCGUGGUCUGUUCUUUGGUCUUGAACCUAACAAUGACCCGAUCUGGGCCAUUGCCAACCCCGAUUCUAUCUACGGCGCCCGCAUCCGAUCUUGGAGCGGCUUCCAGAACAACUUCGUCGAGAAUCAGGAAAUUUCCGACCAGAUACGAUGCUCACGGUAUAUUGAGAUGGCCCUCGAUGGUUUGGAGCUGCACUGGGAAAACGUGUUGGAUCAGUCUGAUGAGAAUUGGUUGGAUAUGCAGAAGCGGGUUAUUGUCGACUGUGUUGUGUGGGGAUUGAGGAGAGUCGAUUCAAGCUUGAUGGGUCUAAGACACCCUGGUACGUGGGUUCCAGAGGUUUUGACACGCGAGGAGAUGGUCGUGGUGACCCUUGUCUGA